GCGAGCAGGCCUGGACUGUGACAAGGAGCUGUCCUACAGACAACAGGCCGCGAACCUUCUGCAGGACAUGGGACAGAGGCUCAACGUGUAUCUUUUGUCCAGAGGAGAGCGGCUAGCCCGUUAGCCUGCCGAGAGACCGGUCUGGGUGGAGGUACCGCUAAUGUGGGGUUAAAGUCGGCGCUGGGUGCGGUUAGAUAACUAUCAGACGGACGGUUGAUGGUGUAUGAUGGGUCAAAGUGAGGCUGGGGAGGUUGUGUGUUGCUCCAGGUUAGCAAGCUAAACCGAGAGGCCCUCAGCUCACCUAAUGGAGUCCAGGGCCUCCGUUCAAGGCGGGUCUUAAAGACCUCCGUGGGACCUCAGUGGUACCUCCUUGUUUCCUGUCGCAAAAGCAAUGUCAAACUACUGAACUUGUAUGACUGCAAACAACAACAGCAGCAGUUUUAUGUUGCUCUUGGACAAAUUAAGUGUUGAGUGAGUUACAAUACUAUUUAAAGUCCACAUAAACAACCUUGGGAAGCUGGUUCUGCAGCCUGGCUUGGGCUGUAUGUGCACGGAUAUCAUGUUGUUUACAAGCGUGGUUAAAGUGUCAUUAAUUGUAGACAUCCGUAACAUUGUAAACAAGUCAUUAUUCUUGCUUGCUUAUAUGUGGCCGAUCAUGCGAAUUAAACAGAAUCAUAAACGUGCAUCUAUUGCCCUUAAUAAAAUGUUGACAGCUCACAGCUUACUAUAAAUACUGCCAUUGUGUACAUGCACCGAUUCUACAUGGUGCAGUCUUUCACCAGAUUUCACAGAAAUGUAAGUAAAGUUAUAGAUAUUGUUUAUUUCAUCUUUUCGGUGUUUACUGCAUGACCUGUACUCCCUUUAAGCAGAUGUUUGAUUGUACCUUGUAAUUUCCUACCGUUUCACUUGGCCAUCAGGUCAUAGCUCCAGCCACACUGUUCCUGGCUGCCAAGGUGGAAGAGCAGCCCCGAAAAUUGGAGCAUGUUAUCAAGGUGACGCAUGCCUGCCUGAACCCCCAGGAUCCAUCACCAGACGUACGCAGUGACCUUUUGAGAUCACCAUUGAUCACCCUCAUACGCACGUUGUCAAGUGUACUCAGCUCGUUAGAGGUAAGCAUCAACAUACGCAAGAUGACAUUCCCCUCACUGAAAUGAAAGACUAAUCCGUUUGAAUAUGUCAGCAUGCCUCUCUGGUUUUAUCAUUCCAGCGAGUAAGGACCUUGCCCAGACCUCCUACUUUAUGGCCACUAACAGUCUGCACCUGACCACCUUCUGCCUGCAGUACAGCCCGCCCAUCGUCGCCUGCGUGUGCAUCCAUCUGGCCUGCAAAUGGUCCAACUGGGAGAUCCCAGUCUCCACAGACAGCAAGCACUGGUGGGAGUACGUGGAGCCCACUGUGACGCUGGAGCUGCUGGACGAACUGACAAAUGAGUUUCUGCAGAUCUUGGAAAAGACGCCCAGCCGAUUAAAACGGAUUCGUAACUGGAAAGCCGGGGGUCAGACGGCAAAAGGAAAGUCUAAAGCCCAGGACGAUGGGGACCCCACGGACGCCAUGAUGAGCAUGAUCUCCAUGGCCUCCUCUGAGACCACCCUGGCCGGGCUCAUGAGCCUCUCGGGCCCCUCCUCCUCCCUCGGAGACGGUGUGGAGAUGGGCAGUGCCCAGCACUGGCACCCCGACAUGAAGCCCGGCUCCGAGGAGCCGCCGCAGACCAACCACGAGGUGCACGCCCCGGCCAAGGUGUCGCUCAGCGAGUACCGCGCCAAGAACGCCGACGUGCUGGCUGCCCAAAAGAGGAAGCUUGAGAACAUGGAGGCCAGCGUGAAGCGGGACUAUGCCAACGCGGCCCAAGCCCUCAUUGGUCAGCAGCAGCAUCCCAGGAAAGACAAGCAGCAGCAGCAGCAGCAGCAGCAGCAGCACCAUCAACAGCAGCCCAGCUCUCACUCAAGCUCCUCUUCCUCCUCUGAUGUAAAUAACCCUUCGCCCAUCAUCCUCAAAAUCCCCCUUGAGAAGGACCGGCACGAGCGCAGCUCCCUGAAGAUGAGGCUGCCCCUGGGUGGGGCGGCGGGCGGCGGGCACGGCGGCAGCAGCGGCCGCAGUCAGGACCCGGACAUUAAAGUGAGGAUCCGGAUGCCGGAGAAACAGAGAGGGAGUUCAGGGGAGGAGGGGAAGAGCCGGGACAAGCACAGGGAACGCUCAAAUCACCACCAUCACCACCACCACCACCACCACCAUUCCUCCUCUGGCAGUGCCCCGCUCUCCUCCACGUCCUCCCACAAACACUCCUCCAGCGCCGGGGCCGCCGUGGGCGGCGGCAGCAAAAAGAUCCCCAGCGACUCGUCCCGGCUGAGCUCGUCCUCGGCCUCUCGGAAGAGGACUCACCCCCAGGAUCCCCCAGCGCCGCACCCCGCCCCUAAGAUGAGCAAGUCCUCACGCAACGCCUACCAGCUGGCGGCGCUGUCUUCCACCUCGGCCCACGCUCUGGGGCACGCUCCCGACAGCCUGACGCCCCUGGGCCUGGCCCACCCCCAGGGCAGCUACCCCCACAGCAAGGGAGACAAGGCGGACACAAACGGACACGGCGCCGCCACCGGGGGCCAGUCGAACGAGUACCAGGACACCUUUGAGAUGCUGAACUCCCUGCUGAGUGCUCAGGGUGUCCAGCCGGCGCAGCCGCCCCUGUUUGACUACCGGCCCCAGUACGGGGACUUUCGCUACGCGGCUAACUCCAGGGGCAACAGCGCCCGGCCGCCGCCCCUUCCUUCAGAACCGCCCCCCCCUCUGCCGCCGCUGCCCAAAUAAACACUUCAGGGGGUGCAAGGACGUAUACUGUACUUGAUAUCAUACACAAUGAUAUUGCUUUGUAGUACAUCACGGGGGAUUCUUUUCUCCUUUUGAAAUGUUUGUGAUAAUGUGUUGCUGUUUUCAGCCUAUGGUGGAUGACAUUUACUUGUUUUAUAAUUUGUAACAUACUUUAGGAUAGUUUGUGAAAAAAAAAAUCUCCAAAUUGGGGAAAAAUUAAGACACUCUGAGGAACAAGAUAUUUAUGGGAAGGCGUGUAAAUACUAUUUUUUGCUGUUACAUUUUGUAUGACCUCAACUCCAAUGAAAUGUGAUGGUGGGAUGUGGCUUUUUUUGCCGUCACUGUAAAAAAAAGUCAGACGCCUUGAAAUUAUAGAUGAAGCAUUGCAUCGUGGAGGUAUUACUUCAAGUCUUGCUGGCGAUUCUUUUAAAUAUGUUUUUAUAGUACAGUAUUUAUUAAUUGAAUGCGUUUGAAGAGAAACAUACUCUUGAUAAAAUCUCUAAGCCUCUGCUUUCAGUUUUAUCAGUCAGGAGUUGUGUUCAUGUAUUGGCUUGAAUGCAUGUCUGUAGCUGUUAUAUUUUUUUUCGUUUUUUUUUACUCUUCCCAUAGCAUUCUUUCCCCAUCCCUGUUUUAUUUUUAUUUUUUUUAUUACCUGCAUUACUUCAUAUGCUCCUGUACAAAGAUUGUAAAACAAAAAAUAUUUUUACAUUUUGAUAAGAAAAGUUGGAAAAUCAAGUUUACUUAAAGGGAUACUGUGUAAUAUUUUAAGUCAUUUAUUACCUCAAAUCAACGUAUUCAUUCAUAAAUAAGUCCUCAUUGGUGUAGAAUUAUCUCUGCCCAAAAUCUCACUUAUCCUCCUGAGCGAAGAAUAAUUAAUAUGUAGUUACAUAGGAUGGGUAAGCUUCAUGGAGGCUUCCAUGUUCUUCCGGUCUAUGAACUGCCGAGAGGGACAAAAAGCACUAUGUGGUACAGGAAAAGCAAACGCGUUUUCACUCUGAGCCAGCGUGAAUGAUGCCUGAAAUAAUUCACUAUCUUGCGUGAAGAGUAAUUACUCAUACAUCAUUAGCUUACACUAAUGAUUCAUUUCAUUUUGAAAUUUGUUUGAAAUAACGAACCUCAUCACUCGAAUGACUCGAUGAGGUGGUAUUGGAUGUCAUAACACAGCUUCUUGGCACAUAGUGCCCACCGUAGUUUUUGAACAAGCACUAUUAGUUUGAAUGCAAUAUACAAUUGUACCACUAGAUGGGAGUAAUUUUUACACAGCGUCCCUUUAAGGAAGCCUGGUUAUUAUUUUUUUUAAAGGUUUUGCAGUCAUUGUUUUAAAUGGUUGUUAAAUAGAUGAAUACUGUUCAUUCUGAAAUAAUCACACUAAAAAUGUUUGUACCAAACUUGUUGUCCAGGUCAUUGAACAUGUCUACAGUGUAUAGCCUAAGGUACUGCCAGUCUGAAGUCCCAUCAUGUGUCCUGUCUGGACAGAGUGGGCACGCUGCCUGAAACAGUGGUAGCAUAAUUAUCAUGUUGGGCCAAGUAUUCAUCAAGAAACAAAGGAAGGCCAUAACACCGCUCAGUCUUCAGUUAAAGUACAAGUUUUGAGUUUGGAUAUACAAGCUACAUUUUUUUGUCAACGUUUCUUGUUUGGAAUAACUAUGGUCCUCAUUACGGACAGCAUAUGUCAUGACUGUGUUUUAUCAUGUUCUGAACAAGGUGUAUGUGUAAACAGUUCUGACACUAUCCACAGUUUAAAAGGUUGAAUAGGUGAGUGCAUGUCUUGUUUAUUUGAGGGCCAUACUAUUUUAUUUUAACUACGGUCUUCUAUUAUGCAGACCAUAUGUGUUGUUGUGUAAACUCAAAUGUACACAAUUAAUGUUGAGUAUCCAUACAAUAAAUUAUGGCAAGGAUUUCCAGGUACGCAUUUGUGAUGCUACAUGUUUUGAAAAACCCUGUGACUGCCACUGCUGAGAGGCUGCGGACUGACUCCUAGAGGAUCUGUUCCUGCACCGCCUCUAGUACAGAACACCUGAAGGGGUACUCAUUAGGAAGGUGGUACAGUAUUGGCUAUCAUCACGUUGUGUGAACUUGUAUAUAAAACGAUUGUAUGAUUUUCAUUGAUACCUGCUCAAUACCUGCUGUAGAUUAUCUUUCAUAAAGGUUUUAAAAAGUUGGUUCAAGUGAGCGUACCUCUCCAUAACUUAAGGACUUGUACGCCACAUUUUCUUAAUAUCCCCAUGAGGUGUAAGAACUAUGCUCAGAUGAGAAUUAUAUUCUUCUCAGGAAUCAAUCCUCUGUUGAUCAAUAAGAAAUGUAAAAUGCAAUGAAUAUUUAUCCCAGUAAGAAUGCUUAUUAAUGGGCUUAAAGUGUUAGUCUAACUGAUAAUAUAUUAUAAUAGAUGUAAAUAUCACUAGGUUGCAUCAUAUUCGGAAAUGGUUACUUCUAGGUUUUUAUAUCAGGAUUUAUAUUAACUAAAGAAAAUUAAACUUCGGAAAUCAGAAAUUUUAAGGGAGAUACGCACGGUCAUGCAGCCUCAGAAAUGCAAUUCACAACUCUACCUUUGUAUUUAUUCAUGGUCCAUAUUUGUCACAUCCUAAUGUUAAAUGUUAAGUUACACUCAGGUUUCGAAUUCAAUAAUUUACAGAUCUUGUUUCAGUUAAAACAUUGUUUGUGUACACUGAUCCUUUUGGUAUGUGGUUGAUAUAAUCUUAUGUCAAUAAAUACUUUAAGAAUUUAACAAUUGCUUACAUGUUCAUUUUUUGUAAUAGGAUGUGCUCAAAUAGUUAUCAGUGCCUGGGCGUGAGCAUGACUCAAAUGACG